AUGCCGAAUUUCACGAUGAUGGAUGCCAUGAAUGCGAUAAAAAUAGGUGACUCGCGUAUGGACAGCGGCUACGGGAAUGGUAAUCUUGGCGACAAACCAGUAUUCAAUGUGCACGAAAGGCUUCUUCCGGACGAGGUCUGCUGGUUGAUAGACCAGACUUUCGCGGCGGAGAUGGCGUGGCAUCAGGGAAUCACUCUGACCCAGACCGUAUUCACCAACUUGUAUGUGCUGCAUCUAGGGACCUAUCACUUUUGGUCAACACUUCAAGGCGUCGAGCCUUGUGAUCGUCAACGACCUGAACAGCUCAUAAACUUGGUGCUUGCCGCCGGUGUUCUUGGAAUGGCGAAAUCCGUAGAUCUGGCAUGGAGAGAAUUUGCGAAAGGAUGUGUGUAUGAGCACGAAGAUUGGCAAGCUGACAAAGCCGGCAUGAUUAUGAUGGAGCACGUGAGCACGAAAGAGGUACUUUCUCUCAUCAAAACUGCCGUGGAUUGGCUGCAGACCUAUGAUGGCAUCGAGAGCCGUUCAAGACAUGCCCUGUUGGAACGUUUACAGUUACGCAAGCUAUGGCUGGACGCCCUUCACCUGCGUCUGCCCGCGGACUGUGGUCAACUCUGGGCUCAUGUUGCUCAAAUACGGCAUACUCUCGGUCGAAUACGCAUGAUACCGAUUGAAUCCCCUGUUGCCUCAUCCGCCGCUAGACUAGCCAUCGACUGCAAUGUGAAGCGAAGGUUGAGGUUUACAUCACCACUAGAAGAGUUGACCCUUCCAAGCCUGAAUGAAACGUGGGAUUUCUUCGACGAGCUGCUGGCGGGUCUUGGGGAUGCCUGUGACAUCAGCGAUAAACGAAGUCCGCUGAAUUGGGAGAACUUGCUCUUAUUGGUAUCUAGACAGAAACCGCAGCCCAGGUACUCUGCAUUCGUACGAGCCUCAACGAGCUACGCUAUGUACGAUGGAUCCCGUGUGCUUGGUGAACUGGCCCCCGAAUGGUUGGCUGAUACAGUUCUCCAAGAAUUGGCUGGUUUGCUUGCCGGUACACCUCAAUAUCUGCUUGGUAUAACAACUAGAGAAGAUCUUGUGUCAAGCAUGCAACAAUGCAUAUUGAAGUUUGCAGAGCUUUUGUCAAAUUAUUACACUACGUUAUGUCAUAAUCGACCACGACAGAGAAGAAUAUACUCCAAUGCUUUGGUCCACUGGCGAGACCUCCUCCUUCUCACGGCUGAUCUAGAACAUCGAUUUGUGGCUGCCUAUCCUAAUUUUAAACAUGAAGGUAAACUUCUGAAACGCUUGCAUCUCACCAUGCAGUACUACCGAUGCGGUCUGGCCCUCGAGGUUGUCUUUUCUGGUUUUGAGCUCGAAUUGUACUAUCGAUCUGAAUGGCUUCCGAUCUUUCGAUUUGUGAGCGCGUUGCUCAGACGACAAUGCAAUAUCGUGAAUGGGUUGCUCAGCGAGGUGCUGGAGAACACGCAUUUGUCAGCCAGCGGUUUAUAUCUCCAGACACAGUCUUCCCUGCUCAGCGCUCUGCAAGCCAUAGUGUAUGGGUCGAUCAUGGGUCUUCUCAGUUGCGAUCCCGGUCGAUUCCUCUUAUGUGGGCAACGAGUACAGCACAACAUGGAAAGACGCUUCAAGUGGGCGUUGCCCGAGAACGGAAUUCAAGACGACCUGCAACCGGACUGGACAGGCAACUGGGAUUGGGUACAAGAGCAUGCUGUGGGCGACGAAAAUCAUCUACGCAAAGAAGCGAUCAAGUGGUUUAAUAAUGCACAGGCGUCGCUCGACGGGUUGUUGCGUGGUGUUGAUCGUGCUCCUUUCUACGAUCUCUGCCGACAGCCUCUGCGCUCCGCUCUGGGCGAUCUCAUCCGAACUUGCGACAAGAGCCGCAGGUUUUGGCAUAAGACAAUUGAGAGUGGUGUGUCCAUCACGGGGCAGAUAGAUUGGGCUCCUUUGGCACAUCCUUGGUUCUUGGUACCUCAUGAAAGACUCGAUAAAUAG